CCGGAUUGGCCGCACGGAAAGAUGGCAGGCGGGCCUGUCAAUCAUCGGGCAAGAGUGGGGGGCCCCGACGCAAACAGAGGACCGAGCUCCAGUCCACAAACUCAAACUCAGUGCAGAUUCACGCAUCAGUUGUACGUGUAGUGGCCUAUUAUAUAGUCGCUCGCAUGCCGACCGGAAUCCGCAUAAACAAUAACAAAUCGACUUUAGUGUUUUUCCUAUUAUUCAAUCGGUGUUCUUGUGCGUUAGUGUGAAGUGGUGCGCGUCGUGAAUUGACAUGCUGACGAUGGAAGCAGAUUUGAAAAAUGGAACUUUACACUCAUUGAAUCAUUCGCGUUUGGAGUACAACGCGAUGAUGUCUCAACCGGGUAUGCAUCCAAUUUCUCAUCAAGUGCAUAUACCGUUGCAUCACCAGCAAGCUCAGCUGCAGCAUCAGCAGCAGCUUCAACAGCAACACCAGCAGCAGCAGCAGCAGCAACAACAGCAGCAACAGCAGCAUCAGCAGCUGCUGCAAAGCCAGUUGAAUCAGACAGUGUCCAGCACUGCGAGUGCUAAUAACAAUUCGAGCAAGGCUCAGAAUAAUAAUGAGCGCGUCAAACGUCCGAUGAAUGCCUUUAUGGUGUGGUCGAGAGGGCAGCGCAGAAAAAUGGCCCAAGAGAAUCCGAAAAUGCACAAUUCUGAGAUCUCUAAACGAUUAGGAGCAGAAUGGAAACGGCUCAAUGAGGUGGAGAAGCGGCCAUUUAUCGACGAAGCGAAACGUCUGCGGUCAGUCCACAUGAAAGAGCAUCCGGACUACAAGUACAGGCCCCGCAGGAAGGCCAAAACGCUCAGAAAGGACUCGGGCAAACAGCAGUAUCCAAACCUCAUGGAUCCAAAUCUUAUGAUGUCCGGCGGACCGGAGGCCGCCCAUCGCAAUGCUGUCUCCGCGGUUCAACAAGUGCCCCGCGAAAUGUACCAAUUACAGCAGGCAGCUGGCGCAGAAGCCUACAUCCCUAACGGUUUCGGCAUGAUGUCUGAACCAAAUUCGUAUCAGCAAUAUGGUGGAGUCAACGCCAACUAUGUGCACCGCUUCGACUCCCUAAGCCAGAUCCAACACCACAACUACAUGAACGGCGCCUACAACUAUCCCACGGCCUCAAUUCCGCAAAAUUCGCCAUACGGCAUGCACCAACCCAGCGCCUCUCAGAGCCCGUCUGGUUCCAGUAUCAAGUCGGAACCAGUUUCGCCGCCCAAUUCGGCAUUGCCGCCCCCCUCGCAGGGCAGCAUUAAACGGGAAUACGCCACGCAACAGCAACCGGACCUGCGGCAGAUGAUCAACAUGUAUUUGCCGACGGACGGCUCGCAACACAUACAGCAACAUCCAAUCUUCAAUCCGUCGGCCGAUCCGAUGGGCGCGGGCUCCCACGCCCGCUUGGCGCCCAUGUGAGAACCCCCAUUUGCGGCACCCGACAUCGAUUUGCCGCCCCUGUGAAGUGCCCAGUGUAUGAACUCAAUUCGGUUCAACUCCAGCUCAAUUCAACAUCACGGAUUUAUAUUGUGGCAAAGUGAACGGCAAUACCUAGUAAGUAGGCAGCUUAAGUUCAAAGGAAAACCACCUCCAAACUCUAAAUUUUGUCAAUUUUCUUGUAACUGGUCCUAGUAGAUCUCGAUCAAUCGACCAAUUCCCAUUCUUUUCUGAUAUUUCUGAACUGACUGUCAAACAAGUUAUCAUCAAAUGAAUGGGGCAAAAAAUAAAUUUGAUGCAUCACUUAUUGUAAAAUGUUCGUUUUUUUGAAAUUCAAAGUGGCGCAGCCAUGGCCUCUAAACAAAAGAGACCAUGUCUAAAGCCUUGUUUGAAAGAGGUCUUUCGUUUCCCUGACGAGGUGCAAUACCACUCAACGCCAUAACGUUCGCAGGACCUUAAUUUUGAAGAAAACCACCUCCAAACUUUCAAUUUGAUCAAUUUUCUUGUAACUGGUCCUAGUAGAGAUCAAUCAAUCGAUCAAGACAACUGCAACUACUGUUCUACACUGGGGUUCAAUUCCCAUUCUUUGCUGAGAUUUCUGAAGCCUCACUGACAGUAAAACAAGUUAUCAUCAAGUGAAUGGGACAAAAAACUGAAUUUGAUGUAUAAUUUGUUUUAAAAUGUUCGUAUUUUUUAAAUUUCAAAGUGCAGCAGAAGAACCUCGGUCUCUAAACAAAAGAGACUAUUUUAAGGCGGCAUUUGAAAGAGUUCCUUCGUCUCCCUGAUGAGGUGCAAUACCACUCAACGCCAUAACGUUCGCAGGACCUUAAUUUUGAAGAAAACCACCUCCAAAUUUUCAA